UCUGAUCAGUUCUUAAGUUGUUGUUUAAGUGUUCUGAGUGGUUGCUUUAGUGUUCUGAGUGCUUCUUAAAGUCUUAAUAUGAGGCUGCUAUGUUGUUUUGGGUAGUUUUUGUGGGGUUUUUCUGCUGUUGUUAGGGUGUUCUGAGUGGUUCUCAAGGUGUUGCUCUACAAUUGUGAAGGUGUGCUUUGAGGUUCUGUCUCUUGAGUGUUGAGUAGUUGUUAAACUCUUUAUGAAUGAUUGUUUCCAUACAGUUACUAAAGUGGUCUGAGUGAUUGUUGGUGGUAGGGUGUUCUAGGCGUGGCCCUUUCACAACACACUGAUGCACAAAACUGAGGUUGCAUAGCUAGCAGCAUUUGCAUUCACAUACUUUUGCAAGAGUUUGUUUCAGACCUUUUGAAGAAAUUUUUAUUUAUUUAUUUAUUUAUUUUUCUGUGGUGGGAGAAGUGAAAGUAAAAAAAUGGGCAAGUAAAAACACCAACCUGACUGAGCCAGCAGAAAACAUCCUUAUUGUUAAGCCCUGCCAUAAAAAACGGUUUUCUAAAGGGGCUUGUUGCAUUUGUUACAUUGGAAUGAGUUGGAGAGAAGCACCUGCUGGUCUGAGCCAGUUAUUUUCCACCAUGACAGUAAAUAAACAGUCCACCUGCUAUCAGUUAGCUCAGUGGUUGAGGCUUGGGGAAAGCAGAAUGGGCGGUACCUUUUGCUUCAGGGAAGGACAUUCAUCUCACAUCUGUUUCCGUUUCACACCCUGCCUGCCUCUGCUUGUGUGUCUGUCUGUUUGAGAACAAAUGUGUGUGUGUGUGUGUGUGUGGGCUUUGUGUGUGUGGGCUUUGUGUGCUGGAAAACCAUCUUGGCAGACCUGAAUCUAUGUUCCCAGAGAGAUGCAGAUGACAAGGAAGUGCAUGAUGGGACAGACUUACUAUGGAGAAGGAACAUGGGCCUUUAGCUGCCUCACUGGCUUAUGUAAGCAGGACGAUCUAGUACACAGACGCCCAGAGACAUUCCAUCGGACGGAAAGGGUCUGAAGAAAUUUAAAGCAGGGAGGAGUUGACAACAGAUGAAUCAGUCACAGAAAUACAGGGAAGCACACUGGACGCAAUGAGGGAGGAGAGCGAUGGAAUCUUACGGUUUCGACUUUCUCUCGAUGAACACUGACAAGUCCACUUAAAGCCUGCCGUGCUCAGGGGAGAGAGUCCCCUGAUAUGAACCCCAAGUCCUUGGUAUCUGGAAAGCAAACACGCCCUUAUGCCAGGGCCUGAGUGGGUCUUCCACCAUGUCAUGGUAGCAUUGUACGCCAAAACAUUCAUCCUUAAAAAAAAUCGCAAACUGUAGACUUGGACAAUGCAUGUUGUGUAACACCAAUUUAAAACUGGUUUUCAGCAAAAGCUUCCUCUAGUAUCAGUUCUACUGUAUCACCAUCUUUUUACAUUGCUUACAUUUACCUUCCACUCUCCCACUUCCUGGGAUUACCAGCUCAAGUCCAGGUGCAGUCAACCAUGGGGUGCCGGCAGAGUUCGGAGGAGAAGGAGGCCGCCCGGCGUUCACGUCACAUUGAUCGACGCCUCCGCUCAGAAAGCCAGCGGCAGCGGCGUGAGAUCAAACUUCUGCUGCUCGGCACCAGCAACUCUGGCAAGAGCACCAUCGUGAAGCAGAUGAAGAUCAUCCAUAGUGGAGGCUUCAACCUGGAGGCCUGCAAGGAAUACAAGCCCCUCAUCCUCUACAAUGCCAUUGACUCGCUCACCCGCAUCAUCCGCGCCCUUGCCACCUUGAAGAUCGACUUCCACAACCCCGAUCGGGCUUACGACGCAGUGCAACUCUUCGCUCUCACCGGGCCUGCUGAGAGCAAGGGUGAGAUCACGCCAGAGCUCCUGGGGGUGAUGAAGCGCUUGUGGGCCGAUCCAGGUGUGCAGGAGUGCUUUUGCCGCUCCAACGAGUAUCACCUAGAGGACAAUACAUCCUAUUAUCUAAAUGACCUGGACCGCAUUUCUGCGCCCGAGUACAUCCCAACCGUUGAGGACAUUCUGCGCUCACGUGACAUGACCACUGGCAUUGUUGAGAACAAAUUCACCUUCAAGGAGCUCACCUUCAAAAUGGUGGACGUGGGUGGCCAGCGUUCAGAAAGGAAGAAGUGGAUCCACUGUUUUGAGGGUGUGACUGCCAUUAUAUUCUGUGUGGAGCUCAGUGGCUAUGACCUCAAGCUUUAUGAAGACAACCAGACGAGCCGUAUGGCGGAGAGCCUGCGUUUGUUCGAUUCCAUCUGCAACAACAACUGGUUCACCAAUACCUCGCUCAUCCUCUUCCUCAACAAGAAGGACCUGCUGGCCGAGAAGAUCAAGCGUAUUCCGCUGACCGUCUGCUUCGCUGACUACAAGGGGCAGAACACCUACGAGGAGGCAGCUGUGUAUGUGCAAAGGCAGUUUGAGGACCUCAACCGCAACAAGGAGACCAAGGAAAUCUACUCGCACUUCACUUGCGCCACUGACACCAGCAACAUCCAGUUUGUGUUUGACGCGGUGACGGACGUGAUCAUCCAAAACAAUCUCAAGUACAUUGGGCUGUGCUAGGACGAGGGGAUGGGGGAGAGGGGUGGUGGGCGAGGCAUAUGGAAAAAAGCCCUCCAGUCGAUCGAUCUGAGUGCCCUCAAAAACGCUAGUUGAAACUGGAAACUCAGAUGAGGCACAGAGGAAAGGGCUACAUGCUGCCAAACUGCUAGAUUUAUCAAUGUCAAAAGCGUAAAGGUCAAAGGGGAUUUUACAAGGUUGGUAUAAACGUGUUUGCACUGAACAUAUGAGUAUGUAGACACACACACACAUAGACCAUCGUUACGUUUGUUCACACACAACGGACUUCGGGAUCAGCCGUCAAGCACAUGUUUGACAUGGAAACACUGGAAACAGAUCUCCCCACUCCUCUCUUCCCUGACAAACAGCAGGAAUUCCUUAACGUCCAUGAAAGGGAGAGUUCACCCGAAAAUGUGCUCAUUUGCUCAUGUCAUUCCAAACCUGUAUGACUUUCUUUCUUCCGUGGAACAUAAAAGGAGAAGUUUAGCAGAAUGUUCAUGCUGCUCUUUUACAUACAAUGACAGCGAAUGAUGAAAAUGACAAAAAAAAAACAAAAAAAAAAAAACUGCAGAACAGUCACUAGUGUACUUAUUUUUAAGGAAUAUGUUUUAAAGCCAUAUGUGCAUAAUUCAAAUUUGGUGCAUCACAGCUGGUGAAGUUACACAUAUUACAGUUGAACCACAACGAUGAUUAAAACAAUGUCGUUUAAAGUAAAACUUUUAAUUUGACCCUCUUUAAGUACACUUAAAUGCCCUUUUAUUUCAUUAAUAUUAUAUUAUUGGCAAGUAUAGUUUUUUAAAAAAUAUAUACUUUUAAAAUUUGAAGUGCACAUUCAUAACAAUUAAGUGCACUCUUUUCUUAAGGGGAGAAAAAAAUGAGUCUUUGGGUCUAUCCCAAUAAACCACACUCAUGGUCUUGGCCACUGGAGAGUGUGUGCAUGUCACAGGAAGUAAGUCACAAAACUGUCUACAAUAUUAUUAAGUCUUAAAUAUUAUAUUAAGUCUUAAAGCUAUAUGCACAAUUUGUGCAUUGCAAUUGGUCAACACAAGUCAAAUCUGUCAUGGCACAUCUUAAACAUAAAUGAGAUUUGAGAGAAUUUCAAUGAAUAAUGACUUAAAUUUGAGUGUUUUUCUCAUGCAAAUCUAUUGUAUGAUUUCAUAAAAUGUGGAAUAUGGAUUAUGUGGACUGCUACUAUAGUACUUUUUGCCAUUUCUGGCACUUAACAGCCCUUGGUCGCCAUCCACUGUCACUGAGUGGAAAAGAUCAGCAUGAACAUUCUGCUAAACAUCUCUUUUUGCAUUCCACAGAAGAAAUAAAGUCAUACAGCUUUAAAGUGACAUGAGAGUGAGUAGAUGAUAAAAUUGUAAUCUAGGUGAACUGUUCCUUUAAGUUUUGUCUUUCUUUAUAGGGUCUUUGAUUUGCCUGAUUUAAGUAAUGCUGCUUUCGGAGAUGAUAUAAAGAGUUUAUAUGAAAAUAUAAUUGCAUAUGAGAGGUUAAAAGUAUCCUGAGAGAAAGAAAAACAAACAAAAAAAAUUAUGUCAUUUGGAUUUGCUCCAAAGGUGAAAACUGCCGCUGUCUGAAUAAGGAGUCAAAUGGCUUUUUUACUCACAUUCACACUGUAGUUUAUUUUUGUCUGUCUGACCCCUAGGAAUCAAUCUAUUUUCUUGUUUCUUUUCAUUCUGUUUUCCCAUUGCCUAAAAUAGGAUGUAAUCCAGAGUUUUUAGAGCAAGCAUCCUUCUUUCCAUGAGAGCGUUACACUGACGUGAACAUUAAGUGUUUCAUAACGUUCAUUCCAGAUGCAGAGAAAAAUAAACAGUGCCAAUAUCAAUGUAAAUAAAAAAAGGCCCGUCAAUCAUGUCACUUUUUCGGUUUUUAUGGACAAAAAAAGUAUAUAUAUAUUGUAACAUUAAAUAUGCAUGAAUUUGUUACUUUGGGUUUUUAUAAAUUAUAGUUUGAUUUGCUUUCUUAUAUUUUUAGUUUUACUAACAUGCUCCGAAAAUAUAUCAAAAAGUCAAACACUGUGUACGAUUGUACAGUUGUUUCCUGCGAGGUAUUUAUUGAAAAGAGUUUUAUGUGCAGAAAGAGUCAUUUUACGUCCAGCGCAACCUAAACUCAGCACGAAAACAUUAAAAGAGGAUUUACUCCUCAGAUUUGGACUGAAUCGGAAAAAGAGAGAGAAAAGUAAAUCUAUAAAAGAGCAGAAUCUUUCUAUUCUGGUAUCAUUUCGAGUAUGUGUAAAUACUAUGUGGGGUACACUUUGUGAGACAAUGAAAAAAAGAAAAAAAAACCUAAAUCACUUUUUAAGAUGUAAGGCUGAAGGCAGUCCUUCUUCUGUUCAGCUAUGACGAUGUACAACAAACCCAAAUAAGGGCUUCAGGAUUGAUUUUACAGGAUGUCCACCAAAAAAGAAAGAAACAAAUAAUAAAGUAUAAAAGAACAAUAAUAGUGAAUAAAAAGAAUUAUGCAAA